GGAACUAGACGGCCGCGCUAGUGGCUGCAGAACUUCUUCCCGCCUGGCUGGGCCUGGCUGUAAUGCCUCAUGUGUCAGGCAGUGCCUGUGAUGGCUUUGCUGGGGGAGCUCAGUGCCUGUGUGCGAUAAAACAUGCAUAGUGCAAAGAAGAAGCCGUAUGGCAGUAGUGGCAAUGGCAGCCAGCCACAUCCGAAGCGCCUGCGAGGAGACUGGGACGAGGAGGGGCCGUCGCAGUUUGAAGAUGAGCUGGCGUACCUGGAUGAAGUAGAGGCAGAAAUGCUCAUGGAUGCCAAGGAAGCACAGCCGUCACAUGAUUCGGUUCCAAUUGGAAACCUCUUCUCUUCAGGUGCCAUGAACAGUAAAUGGCAGCGGCCGCCUGCACCAAAGAUCAACCCGAAAGAGGAUAACAUUGCUUUCCAGCAGGUGGAGCUGGAGUACUAUGUGGGGUCUUACGUUACUGGAAUGCCUGGGAAUAAACAGGGGCCUGUUCCUGUGACACGAAUGUUUGGAAUUACAAUGGAAGGGAACAGCGUCUGCUGCCAUAUACACGGGUUUAUGCCAUACUUCUAUGUUCUAGCCCCUUCUGGUUUCGGUCCAGAGCAUCUCCAUGAAUUUCAACGGGAGCUGAAUAGCAUUGUGAUUAAGGACAUGAGGUCAAACAAGGAUAACAUCUCUCAAGCAGUACUGGCAGUUGAUAUCUGUCUGAAAGAGAAUAUGUACGGCUAUGGGGGAAACAAGAAGUCACCAUUCUUGAAAAUCACAAUGGCACUACCUCGUCUCAUUGCCCCAGCUAAACGCUUGCUGGAGCAAGGUUUCCGCUUUGGCUCAACGCCAAUGUCCAACUAUCAAGCAUAUGAGGCCAACAUAGACUUUGAAAUCAGAUUCAUGGUGGAUUGUGAUGUUGUUGGCUGCAACUGGAUCGAAUUACCUGCUGGGAAGUACCAGAUAAGGGAAGAUCAACCAACAGGAAAUGAGAAUGCAACAUUGGACAGUCCCAAGAAGGUGUCACUGGCGCAGAUUGAAGUGGACGUCGCCUGGACAGACUUGAUCAGCCACCCCGCUGAAGGAGAAUGGCAGAAAAUCGCUCCGCUUCGAGUGCUAAGCUUUGAUAUUGAAUGUGCAGGCCGGAAGGGUGUUUUUCCAGAGGCUGAGAAGGACCCUGUGAUACAGAUUGGCAACAUGAUGCUGAGACAGGGCGAGAAGGAUCCUUUUAUCCGUAACGUCUUCACUCUCAAGUCUUGUGCCAGCAUUGUUGGAUCGCAGGUGCUAUGCUUCGAGAAGGAGAGUGAACUUCUGAAGACUUGGUCAGAAUUUAUCCGAGUAGCUGAUCCUGAUAUAAUUACUGGAUACAACAUUCAGAACUUUGACUUGCCAUACUUGAUCAACAGGGCACAGGUGCUCAAGGUAACAACGUUCCCAUUCCUGGGCCGUAUUCCCAGCGUAAAAACGGUAAUCCGGGAUUCCUCGUUUCAGUCUCGCCAGAUGGGUCGCAGAGAGAACAAAGUGCUCAACACUGAAGGAAGGGUACAAUUUGAUCUCUUGCAGGUGUUACUGCGAGACUACAAACUGCGGUCCUACACUCUCAAUGCCGUGAGUUUCCAUUUUCUACAGGAGCAGAAGGAAGAUGUUCAACAUUCGAUUAUCACGGACCUGCAGAAUGGUAAUGAGCAGACACGAAGGCGGCUGGCUGUUUACUGCCUGAAGGAUGCCUACCUGCCCUUGCGGCUGUUGGAGAAGUUGAUGUGCGUCAUUAACUACAUGGAGAUGGCAAGAGUAACAGGAGUCCCUCUCUCUUACCUCCUCUCACGAGGGCAGCAAAUCAAAGUAGUUUCUCAAUUGCUCCGACAGGCGAUGAAGCAUGACCUGGUGAUGCCUGUGGUGAAAACAGAGGGUGGAGAGGACUACACCGGUGCUACUGUGAUUGAACCAGUUAAAGGUUAUUAUGAUGUUCCCAUAGCUACUCUGGAUUUUUCCUCCCUGUACCCAUCCAUAAUGAUGGCACAUAACUUAUGUUACACCACUCUACUGAAGCCCGGUGCUGUGGAGAAAUACAAUUUUUCUUCGGACCAGUUCAUUAAGACUCCGACAGGGGAUCAGUUUGUCAAGGCAUCAGUGAGAAAAGGACUGCUUCCAGAAAUACUGGAAAACCUCCUGUCUGCAAGGAAAAAGGCAAAGGCAGAACUAAAGAAAGAGACAGACCCAUUCAAACAGAAGGUGCUUGAUGGUCGGCAGCUAGCACUGAAAGUGAGUGCAAAUUCAGUGUAUGGUUUCACUGGAGCUCAAGUUGGCAAGCUACCUUGCCUGGAAAUCUCUCAGAGUGUCACUGGAUUCGGGCGACAGAUGAUUGAGAAAACGAAACAGCUGGUUGAAUCUAGGUACACCAUCGCAAAUGGUUACAAAGCAGAUGCAAAGGUUAUUUAUGGUGACACCGACUCUGUAAUGUGUAAACUGGGAACACAGACGGUGGAAGAAAGCAUGGCAUUGGGUCGUGAGGCAGCUGAAUGGGUCUCAAGUCACUUCGUUCCUCCUAUUAAACUUGAGUUUGAAAAGGUAUAUUUCCCUUAUCUGCUUAUCAACAAGAAACGUUAUGCUGGUCUGUACUUCUCCUCCAACCCAAACACCCACGAUAAGAUGGAUUGCAAGGGUAUCGAGACAGUCAGAAGAGAUAAUUGUCCAUUGGUAGCUAACCUGAUCAACACCUGUCUUCAGAAGAUUCUAAUUGAAAGGGAUCCAAGAGGAGCUGUGGAACAUGCAAAGGACGUUAUCUCCGACUUGCUGUGUAAUCGGAUCGAUACCUCUCAGCUGGUAAUCACAAAGGAGCUCACACGGACGGCUGAUGAGUAUGCAGGGAAGCAGGCCCACGUGGAGCUGGCAGAAAGGAUGCGAAAGCGAGAUGCAGGGAGUGCUCCUAAUCUGGGCGAUCGAGUUCCCUACGUGAUUAUCAGCGCUGCAAAAGGUGUGGCGGCCUAUAUGAAGUCUGAGGAUCCAAUCUAUGUUCUGGAGAACAAUAUUCCAAUUGACACGCAAUACUAUUUGGAGCAGCAGCUAGCAAAGCCACUCUUGAGAAUCUUCGAGCCCAUCUUGGGGGAAUCCAAAGCCGAGGCUGUGCUUCUGAAGGGAGAGCAUACAAGAUGCAAAACUGUGCUGACAUCGAAAGUGGGAGGGCUUAUGGCCUUUGCAAAGAAAAGAAGCACUUGUAUAGGCUGCAAAGCUGUGUUGAAUGAUGAUGGUGCUGUAUGCAGCUACUGUAUGUCUCGUCAGUCUGAGCUGUAUCAGAAGGAGAUAUCUCAGCUGAAACUCCUAGAGGAGAAGUUUUCACGUUUGUGGACACAGUGCCAGCGAUGUCAGGGCAGCCUGCACGAGGAUGUCCUUUGCACUAGCCGAGAUUGCCCCAUCUUCUACAUGCGGAAGAAAGUGCAGAAGGACCUUGAUGACCAGGAGAAGGUGAUGAUGCGAUUUGGAGCCCCAACCUGGUGACGAGAGGAGCAGGAAACACGUUGAGGAGGGGAAAAGGGUCCUUUUAAAACCAAUCCACGGACACUUUCUUUGACAUAUCAAGAACCAGUUCUGUUCAACCACAGAGCGCCUUUGGUGAGAAGUUUCCCAGCUAGACAUUGGCUUUAUGUUCUAAUUGAAAAUACUUUGGUAGUCAACUAGAUAACUUUUCAGCACCUAACUUUUUAAAGUUUCUGUAUCUGAAGUUGCUCAGGGGCCCUUGUAUGGAUAGCGAUUUAUGUGUUUUGGGGUUAAUACAGUUUCUCAGGUCCUUGGGGAUGUUUGGACAUAUUCAAUCCAAGUAAAGUGUACUGGUUUUAUUUUCCCCGGGAUCAUGACAAUGGAGUACAAAUUGUGAAGGGUUAAUUUAUGAACAGUAUUGCAAGUGACAUGUAUGGUUUUGUAAAUGCACCAUGUUGGGACACCAUUACAAGGAUUUGAGUUAUAUUACUGCUAUCUACGUAAUUUGCUGAAUUGUUGGACCUAAAGAUUGCUUGGAGCACUUCAUCAGAAUGAGCAGUUGAAAUGUUUCCGAAAUUAAAAUUUAUGGAUCGGUAAUACCCAGUAACCUGAAGGCCCCUUGAUUCAAAUCAUAUUAAGUUGGAGGAUUUUUAUCCCUGCUCCAACCAUCUAAUGUGCUGCUGCCUUUUGCUGCACAUCUCCUUUGUACUUGUUAUGGGUGUGGGAAGCAACUUCUAAGCUAUGAGGAUGAAUCAGUGGUUGCAGGAGGGCUGGUAGUACUGACUUAUGUUAAAGGAGGGUAGGUGGGGUGAAAAAUUGAAAUACCUCAAUUAAAAGUACAAUGAAAAAUACCCAUUACCUAUCCUUCCUGGAUAUACUCAUGGAUAGAAUGUUAUCGUUCAUGGGCUUGUUCCUUUAAAUUUUGAUCUCUUGUCAAAUUUUUAAUUAUAAGGAGAAUUCACUAUGAUAACUCUUUGCCAAACCCAGAGCAUGGUUUGUCCUUGAAAAAAUUUGCAAUUUAUUUUUUUAAACUGACAUAAAUGUUCAUGGUGGGGAAUAUUGGGCAGCCAAGCCGUGGCACCUUCUUUGUAGUGGCCAUGGUGGAAAUUUACCUUAUGUGUUGGUCUUUUAGAAAGAGUAUUUUUAAUACGUUACUCACUGUUUUGAGGGACUUUUGGGAAGGGGGACAGGUGUUUGAUUUACUCCUCUCCUGUCUUAGAGUUUUGAAAGAAGUUCCUGUUGUCUACACCAAUAUCUUAUUUAUGUUACAAUGAGCUAAGAGAACAUAAAGCCUGGACCUCUCUGGUCCCAGCAAUUUGCUGCUAGAUCAGUUAGUUUUACAUUUUCAGAUAAGCCUGGUGUCCGUCGUACAAUAUAUUUUAUAUAGCUAUGUGUUUUUUUUGCCAAUGAGCUUUUGUAUCUGAAAAAAAAUAAAA